CUCUCUCUCUCUCUCUCUCUCUCUCUCUCUCUAAAACACACCAUUGCUUUUCUCUAUUCUCUCAUCCCCUCGAUCUGUAAGUUAUGCUCGUUUUUGGUUUGAUUCAAUUUUUAGUAUUCUGAAAUUCGCGCGACGAGAAUGCGUUGGAUUGAAGCUGGGAAAAGCAACGGGAAAUCCGCGAUCUCCGGUUUGAGUUUCUGAGGCGGUGGGAAUGCCGGAGUCCUAGAUCUUGGUCUGUGUUCGGGUUCGGGGCCGGAGGUGGGCUCCGGAUCUUGAUUGGAGGCUUCAAUUAUUCGAGGCGGUGCUGUGAAGUUUGUGGAAGAUUGGAUUUUGGUGGUUUAGGUUUUAGAUGGCUUCCAAUCCUCCUCCAUUUCUGGUGGAGGAUACGGAUGAGGAUUUCUUUGAUAAACUGGUGGAGGACGACGUCAUCGAGCCGCCGCAAACGGCGGCGGCGGGGCCCGGUUUGAACGAGGGGAGUGAUUCCGACGAGGCCAGGGCGUUUGCUAAUCUGAGCGUUGCUGACUCCGCAGCGGAGAUUAAGGAGGAGGCGACAGGCGGUGUGGAUUCGGACGUCGGAGAGGCGGUUGGGGUUGGAAAUGCGGCGGAGCAGAGUAAUUUGAGCAAUGGCGCGGCGGCGGAGGAGGCGGUGAUGGAGCUUAGCAAUGGUGGAUUGAGGCCGGUUUGGGAUUCGGAUUCGGGGACGAGUAAGGGGAACGAUUUCGAGGGUUCGGGGAUCAAGCAGGUGGAUUGGGGUGUGUUUUCUGUGAAAUCGAGUCAGAAUUUGAGCAAUGGCUUGGGUGGAUCCUACUCGGAUUUCUUCAGUGAGUUGGGGGACGACACCGGAGAGUUUCCCGCCAAUCUGGCGGCGCAGCAGCAAACGAUUGCGAGUACAGAUUGCGGCAAUGCGGUUAAUAAUGGGCAGCAGCAUUAUCAUCAGGAGCUUCAUGGUGAUGGUUACAGAGGAGGAGAAAGCGAAAACAACAAUGGGGUGGUGGAUGUAAACAGUAUCGAGUAUUUGGAAAGUCUGUAUCCUGGGUGGAAACUUGACCCCAACACAAUGAAAUGGUAUCAGGUGGACACGUGGAGCACUGUGACUGAUACUAAAACGGAGGUUUCGCAUUUGCAGCAAACAGCAGCUCCCUCUGCUGCUGGAAGUGUGACCGAACCUAGUAGUACCACUGAUGGUUCGGUUGAAUCUGUUCACGUUUCACAAUGGACUAAUGGGUACCCGGAACACAUGCUUUUUUAUCCUGACCACCCUGGUUGGUACUGGGAUACAAUUACCGGGCAAUGGGGUUCGUUGGAGGAGUAUCAUGCUUCCAUUCAAACCACCACGGUCCCAACUGCAGCUCCGGUGCAGAAUGGUGAUAAUGUAUAUCAUCCUUAUAUACCUCUUGACAAUGGGGCCCGUAACCAAAAUCAAGAUGGUGGUUGGCCGAGUCAUGUUAAUUACAAUGAGCCUGUUAAGGUGUGGCAACCUGAGAAUGUAUCUACCAGCGAGCCUAUUUCGAGUUCUGGUGGAUACCAGCAGUUGGGAAAUUGUAAUUCAUUAGGUUCUACGGGGAACAAGGAUCAGCAGAUGGGAGCAGUACAUUUGUAUAACCAACAGUUCAAUCAAGGAAGUACACAGCUGAAUGGACCUACCCAAUUUCAUAAUGAUUACCAACCGAAUUAUCCGCAACAACCUCCCCAGGGUGGCAACCAGUUUCCAUAUGCUCCAACUGUUGGAAGAUCUUCUGACGGUCGUCCUCCACAUGCACUAGUAACUUUUGGAUUUGGUGGAAAACUCAUUGUGAUGAAGGACAGCAGUAGUCUUGGGAACUCGUCUUAUGGAAGCCAGGAUCCCGCAGCAGGCUCAGUUUCUGUCCUUAACUUGUCAGAAGUUUUCAUGCAAAGGCCUGAUGCUUCAGGUUUUGGGAUGCCUACUUGUGAUUAUUUUCGGGCCUUGUGCCAACAAUCCUUUCCAGGGCCCUUGGUUGGAGGGAAUGUCGGAAGCAAAGAGUUGAACAAAUGGAUUGAUGAAAGGAUUGCUCACUGUGAAUCACCCGACAUGGAGUAUAGGAAAGGAAGAGUAUUGAGGUUACUUAUUUCUUUGCUUAAGAUAGGUUGUCAACACUAUGGAAAAUUUCGAUCUCCUUUUGGUACCGACACUCUAUCCAAGGAAAAUGAUACUCCUGAAUCAGCAGUUGCUAAGCUUUUUGCAUCUGCGAAGAGCGAUGGUGCACAGCUCGGUGUGUAUAAUGCUCUCAGCCACUGUGUACAGAACAUUCCUUCAGAAGGACAAAUACGGGCAACUGCUUCUGAGGUACAAAAUCUAUUGGUUUCUGGUAGAAAGAAAGACGCUUUACAAUGCGCCCAAGCAGGUCAAUUGUGGGGGCCGGCGCUUGUCCUUGCUUCACAGCUUGGUGAACAGUUCUAUGUGGAUACUGUUAAGAAAAUGGCCGUAUGCCAGCUCAUUCCAGGAUCACCUUUGCGAACGUUGUGCCUGCUAAUUGCAGGCCAACCUGCAGAAGUGUUUUCUGCUGACACUACAUCUGAAAUCAGUGUUCCAUGUGCUGUUAAUACCUUUCAACAGCCAAUGCAGUUUGGUUCAAAUAAAAUGCUUGAUGAUUGGGAGGAGAAUUUGGCUGUGAUAACUGCAAACAGAACAAAAGAUGAUGAAUUGGUAAUCAUACAUCUUGGAGAUACCUUGUGGAAGGAUCGGAGUGAGAUUACUGCAGCACACAUCUGUUAUUUAAUUGCAGAAGCAAAUUUCGAUUCAUACUCAGAUACUGCAAGACUAUGUCUAAUUGGAGCAGAUCACUGGAAACUGCCUCGAACAUAUGCUAGUCCAGAGGCCAUUCAGAGGACUGAGUUAUAUGAAUAUUCAAAGGUUCUCGGAAACUCUCAGUUUAUUCUUCUACCAUUCCAGCCAUAUAAGCUCAUAUACGCAUACAUGCUUGCUGAAGUUGGAAGAGUAUCUGAUUCAUUGAAGUAUUGUCAAAUAAUAGUGAAGUCCUUAAAAAAUGUAAGAGCAGCUGAAGCAGACAUGUGGAAGCAGUUAGUAUUAUCUCUCGAGGAGAGGAUCCGAACUCAUCAGCAGGGUGGAUACUCUGUGAAUCUGGUUUCUUCUUUCAAAGGUAAGUUGCUCAACUUUAUCGAUAGUACUGCCCAUCGUGUUGUCGGCCUACCACCACCUGCACCAUCCACAUCCAUAGGAAGUGGUCACGGUAAUGAACAAUACCAUCAGCCAAUGGGCCCCAGAGUAUCUAGUAGUCAGUCAACUAUGGCAAUGUCGUCCUUAAUUCCUUCUGCUUCUACGGAACCCACAAAUGAUUUUGGCAGUAGAAAGCCAAUGCAUAACAGAAGUGUUUCAGAGCCAGACUUCGGCAGAACUCAGGUUGAUUCAUCAAAGGAUAUUGACUCGUCUGAUGGACAGGGAAAACCCUCAGGGGGGACUUCCCGCUUUCCUUUUAGUAGUAUCAUUGACAAGUUUGUGAGACGUGGAAAACAGGCUAAGUUGGGUGUAACAAAUAAGUUCUACUAUGACGAAAAACUUAAGAGAUGGGUUGAGCCAGGUGCUGAAUUUCCUGCUGAAGAACCUGCAUUGCCUCCUCCCCCAACUACUGCAGCCUUCCAGAAUGGUGUUUCUGAUUACAACUUGAGAUCUGCCUUAAAGAAAGAAGGGUCCCCCACUAAAGGGGGCCCAGAGUUACAUAAUUCAACUCCUCUGGGACCAACUUCAGGGACCCCUCCUAUUCCACCCAGCUCAAAUCAAUUCUCAGCUCGUGGGCGAAUGGGCGUUCGAUCCAGAUAUGUUGACACUUUUAACCAAUCUGGCGGAAUGCCGGCAAACUUGUUCCAGUCACCUUCUGUUCCAUCUGUUAAGCCUGCUGUUGCUGCCAAUGCAAAGUUUUUUAUUCCCACUCCAGUGUCAUCAGGUGACCAGACAAUGGAUGCUAUUGCCGAACAUGAACAAGAUGGCACAACUGCCAAAGAAGAUCCUUCAACAUCAGCCAGGAAUGACUCUUUCCAUGCACCACCACUAACAUCAUCACCGAGUAUGCAAAGGUUUCCAAGCAUGGGUAAUAUCCAUACCAUGGGAGUUGUAUCAAAUGCCAAUGGUCCUGUUCCACCUCACUCACGAAGGACGGCAUCAUGGGGUGGGAGCUCCAAUGAUAUAUUUAGCCCUCCAAAGAUGGGUGAAGUAAAACCUUUAGGGGAGGCAUUAGGCAUGUCUUCUGCUUUAUAUAGGCCUAGUGAGCCGCCUUUUCAGUUGCAUGCGCCAAUGAAUGGGGGUGGGGGUUAUGGUGACGAUCUUCAUGAAGUGGAACUUUGAGCUGAAGUAGUGAAGAUGUAAAUAUCAAAUUUUGCUCUUAGUGAUCAAUACAAAUACUUGUGACGUUCCUGCUCCUGCAUCACGCAAGAGAUCAAAAUAGUGGUAUGUGCCAGGAGUAAGUUCAUAGAACGUUUAUUUUCUUUCCCACUCUUCAUACUCUCCCACCCUAACAUGUAUCUUGAAAUGUAAUUGGCGCAAUUCCCUUUCUUUUGAGCCAAUGCUUAUAUAAACUCCCUGAGAGUUGCCACGAUCCAAGUGUCUUGGGAGAAAGAUCUUUUUAUUUUUGUUCUGAACCCUAAAAAGAAAGGAGAAGCCUGGGCUGGCACCAAUGUACAGAUCAUUUGUUCAUUUUAAACAAAAAACAGAUAAUGUUCCUUGAGGUAGAUGGAAUGUGAACCUCUAUUGAUCCUCUCAAGGGGAAAAGAUAGUGUAUUGAAUAGAGAGAAACAUAAGAUGUCUCGAUU